AGAAUUAUUUAAUCAUAAAAUUCCCUUAACUCGUGUUUUUAACGACCCGAAAAAUCCACGUCAAAACGUAGCAAUUCAACGGAAAAUUGAUAGCUGAUGGCUAAACGCGUUUUCAUUUUCUCCCCUUUCUCUCUCUCUCUCUAGAACGGAGCAUAAAAAUCGUCGAUAACAAAUCACUGCUCUCUUCUCUUCUUUCUUCAAUCGUUCAACCCGUAAUACCCUUUUACUCUACUCCAGUUCCUCGCCAAUUCAUCGCCACCUAUGUCUUCUCUUUAAUCGUAGCCCUCGUCUUCCGUUCUUGCUCUCUGGUAAGAAUCCACUCUCGCUCUCUGCUUUUCAUUGAAUUAUAUUGUACAUUUACAUUCAAGAAAUCAUUCUGAAAGCCAUAAUUUGUAUAAAGUCUCAUAUCUUUGUUGGGUUUCUCGUUGUAUCCCUAAAAUGCUUAACUUUUCCCGAAGAUAUACGAGCUCUAAUAUAUAUUUGUUUGGAUUUUUAUUGUACAGUUUGAUCAUUUAGGGUGCAGAGUUUUAUGUAAGGAUCAUGUGUGUAAAUUUGUAGAUUCUGUGUUUGGGGAUUUUUUAGCUUCUUUUAUCUGAGUUUUCGGGCUGAAAUUUGGAUAGAGAAGAUGUCGUCGGCUGGUGUUGUUGCAAUUAAUCCAAUUCGCGAUGAGUCAAUGGCACUUUCACCUCUUUUACAUAGCCAGGAAUUAAGCGAGUCGAUUUUGAUUUACGUGGCUAUGUCGGGUUCGAUGGAACCAAUGAGGGUUUUGGAGUCCGAUUCGAUUGAGUCCGUGAAGCUUCAGAUUCAAAACUAUAAAGGAUGUGUUGUGACAAAGCAAAAAUUGGUAUGUGGUGGCCGUGAAUUGGCGAGGAGUAAUUCCCUCGUUAGGGACUAUGGAGUCAUUGAUGGGAAUGUUGUGCAUUUGGUUAUCCGCUUCUCAGAUCUUCAAGUCAUUAGCGUGAGGACUUCUUGUGGGAAAGAUUUUACCUUUCAUGUUGAAAAGAAUCGGGAUGUUGGGUAUGUAAAACGUCAGAUUGCUAAGAAAAAGAAUAGUUUAGUUGACAUUGAUGAUCAAGAGGUCUUGUGUAAUGGUGAGCAGCUCGAGGAUCAGAGACUUAUCAAUGAUAUCUGUAAGAGUAAUGAUGCUGUGAUUCAUUUGUUUGUGCGGAAGUCUGCAAAAAUUAGACCUAGGCCCGUGGAGAAAAAAUUUGAAUUGUCUAUUGUUGCAUCGCCUUUGAAUGAUGUGAGAGAGAAUGAUGUGAAUAGAGAAAGUGGGUAUGGGUUUAAAACAGAGAACAGGGUAGUUGUUCCAAGAAAGCCUCCGGAUAGGGAGAUCUGGUUGGAACCAGUGAUUAUAAACCCAAAGAUUGAAUUGCCUUUGGUGAUUCGUGAUAUGAUUGACUCCACGUUUGAAGGGUUAGAUAGAGGGAGCUAUCCAAUCAGAUCGUCGGAGGGUACAGGUGGUGCAUACUUUAUGCUUGAUGCAUUAGGGGGCAAGUAUGUUUCCGUGUUUAAGCCAAUUGAUGAAGAGCCUAAGGCUUUAAACAACCCUCAUGGGCUGCCCUUAUCAGUGGAUGGUGAAGGGUUGAAGAAAGGUACAAGAGUUGGAGAAGGGGCUUUCAGGGAAGUUGCUGCCUACAUUUUGGAUCAUCCGAAGAUUGGGCAACAUUCCUUUAUUGGCGAGGAAGAGGGAUUUUCUGGGGUUCCCCCCACUGUUCUUGUCAAAUGCUUGCAUGGAGGAUUUAAUCAUCCAGAGAGCAUGAAUGUCAAGAUUGGGUCCUUGCAGAUGUUCAUGGAGAAUUAUGGAAGUUGUGAGGAUAUGGGUCCUGGUUCUUUUCCAGUGGAGGAGGUACAUAAAAUCUCCGUGUUGGAUAUAAGGAUGGCAAAUGCAGAUAGGCAUGCGGGGAAUAUAUUGAUGAGCAAAGGCGAAGAUGGCCAGACUCUGUUGAUUCCGAUUGAUCAUGGCUAUUGCUUGCCUGAGACUUUUGAAGAUUGCACCUUUGACUGGCUCUACUGGCCACAAGCACGUCAGCCUUAUAGCCCUGGCACAGUCAAAUACAUAAAAUCGCUGGAUGCUGAGGAAGACAUUACCAUACUGAAGUUCUAUGGCUGGGACCUUCCUAUUGAAUGUGCUCGCACACUUCGCAUCUCCACGAUGCUUCUGAAGAAAGGUGUAGAUAGAGGGCUUACCCCCUUCGUCAUAGGAAGCAUUAUGUGUAGAGAAACCUUGACGAAGGAAUCAGUGAUUGAGGAGAUUAUCCGUGAAGCACUGGAUUCUGUGCUCCCUGGAAUGAGUGAAGCUUCAUUCCUUGAAUCAGUCUUCCAGAUCAUGGAUCGUCGCCUCGAUGAAAUUGCUUCAUGGAGGUCCACACAGAGAAUUGGUACAUAGGCGUCUUGUGUUUUCUGUUCAUCUAUAUGGAUGGUGGAUGUGGAUAUCUUUUAUCCAAAUGGUUGAAUUUCAAGGAGAAUUUGCUUUUAAUUCUCCUUUAUUUUUUCAAUUCUUUUGCAGUUUACCGGAAUUGACCUCGGAGAGCUUGAAAACAAGCUUAUCAUUUGUCAAAUUAUGACUUUCUGUUCUGGAAAUGCAUUCUAUAUCCGCAUGUUAGACAUAAUUACCCUCUAAGAAUAAUAUAUUUGUCUAGAAAAAAUGGUUUUGUUUAUGUUUUUGGUGGGGUUUGCUAGUGACUCACGUGUUAAGCUGCCGAAAAAAUGUCCUUAUUGCAAUUUGUUAUCUGCAA